AAUGCGACCAUCCAGUAUUUUGACCUUUGAACCGGGGCUGGAGCAUGGAGUUCCAUGGGGACGAGAUCUUUUUACUUUUGUGACCUCAGCAGCAGGUCACAUGAUGAGAACUUUACAAAGACCACGAAAAAAUAAACCCUCAAAACGACAAGUCAAUCAUCGCAGGUUUCUACACAACAUGAUACAGAGGAAAUUCGCGGAAAUAGAGGCAGCGAACCAUCAGCUGGCUUCUGCUUUAUUUUCUAUUGAAAACCCCCCAAGUCAUUUGACAUCCAGACCAUCUCACAUUGCAACACAAGUCACAGACCAAUCGCCCAAACCAUCAAAAAGAGCAACUGAAACAUUCACGAAUGCUGACAAAUCUGAAGGGCCUCCUGAUCAACGAAAGGAUGCGUGUGACCUCUGGACAUUGGACAGUCUAAUGGAGACCCGUGUGGUUGAUAAAUGUUUCUCCCAGUACAAGUCCUUUAACAAUAGCUUUGAGAACACUUUGAAAAACCACACUGGAAGCUUAAUAGAGAAAGACAACGACUUUGAAGAGCAGACAGAAUCUACUGAUUUAACAAGCUUAGAUGACAGCGUGUCCUCCUGGAUUGAAAGUAUUGAAAGAACAAGAGUGUAUUCAAAACCAUGUCUCUCCAAAUACUCUGACAUGAAGCUGCUCCCCACAGGGGUUGAAGUUCCUGACCUGUGCCCUCCUUCUCCAGUGAUUUCUCUGUUGUCUUUGGACUCAUGCGAUUUGGAAGUUCAGAUGCUCAUAGACGCCGAACACGAUGUUCAAACCCAAGAGGGAACCAUUGUAGGCAAUCUACAAAUGGAUAUUAUGGAAGAGCUCGACUUACUGGUUAGUUCAAACCAUCAUGAAGCUCUGCAGAUCAACAAUGGUAAUCCUAAAUAUAAAAUUGCUGAGUGGUUGGCUGACAAUGAAGAAGAUUUAGAGGAGACCAGCUUAAUACCAAAUCCUCUGGAUUCAGGAUAUGACCUUGAGAACACAACAGGUUCUGGCAGUGAAACCAACAACUUCACAGCCAGUUUGGGCCAGGAAUUUGAUGCUGAUAGUCUAUGCAACGGAGAGCCAAAAGGACAUGGUUUCCAUCACAAUCAAAUGAUCUACUCCAUGAACCUUAAUAAAACUCUAGACAGCCAUUUGGGUUGUGUUGAAACGUGCUUAAAGAUGAAUGAAAAGGAUGAUAGCUACUCGAUUACAGAUUUGUCCAUCAUGGAUGAUAUUGUUUUAAACCCCCACGUGUUCUCAACACUUGAGAAUCAGCUGGGCUCUCAAUCGAAAAGGAUUCUUAGUGAAAACUGGGAACAACAGCCUCAAGAGGGCACAUAUAAGAACUAUUCAAGACCAGAAAAAGAUCUGUAUAUUUUAAUUCAAGAUGAUGAUGAUGUCAGAGAUCAAAAUGUGGCACAGAAUCAGAGUGGAUUAAGUGUCCAGUGUCCCACAGUCUGUUCCCCUGAAGGCUUUUGUUAUCAUAAAGAAGAGACGUGUUUUUACUCAAAAUUCGAAAACUUUGAGGGGGUGGCUAGAUCUUUCCCUGCUACGUCCAAUAAGAUCCAGCCCACUCCAAUUCUGACUCCGCCUCUAGAUGAUGACUGGUUGUUCAAUGACAUUGUGGCAGAAGAAGUAAAUAUGAGUAAAACAUUUGGAAAUUACUGAUCAUUAUUCAUGAAUUUUGAUGCAUGUAUGUUUGAUUAUUAAAAUGAUCAUUUCUGUGAAAUGUUCUUGUCCGUGUUGUAAAAUGAAUAAUCACAAAUAAUGAAGUCAUGUAAAGAGUGUAUGCGUACUGUAACAUAUGCAUUUGAGUGCCAUUAAAAAAAGUCUGUUAUUAUUGUGUUAUCAAAUGUACAAAUGUGAAUGUAUUAAUUUACAUUUUAAAUCGGCAAAUAAAAGACAAAUAGUGCAACU